CUGGAAACAUGUAAACACAUCGCCGCUGCUCACACCGGCCGCUGCAGUACAUGCUUGGCCUUAUUGAUCUGUUCUCAAGAGGUAAACUAUGGAUAAUAUUUACAGGUUCCCCGUUUUCUUUGAGUGCCACAGCCUGACAGAGGAGCAGGUGAAGCGGGUGCAAACAUAUUUGCGUAUUCGCCGCAAAUCUGACGGAGGAGAGAGCGGCAGUCUGAGCAGGGUGGAUGAUAAAACCUACAGCAUUGCUUUCAGAUAUCAGAAGGAUCAGCAGAGGGUCCUGCGGAGAUCUGAGCAUGUUGUGGAUGGUCUGGUGUUCACUGUCCGAGGCAGCCUGGAACCUCUCGCUUCCUCUCCAAGUCAGGAUUUUAUCGCUCCAGAACAGAGCCCACAGUCCAUGCCUGCCUCAACACCUCCACCAAGUGGUGAAGAAUACAAACUACAAUUUGAUGCUUACCUCCUUCGUUACCUUAAGGAAUGUCCCAAGGCUGUGAGAAAACUACAGACAGAACUCGCCUCUGUUUCCUGCUCUGCUCAGCUUUACCCAGAGGAGGAGAAAGUUUUAGUUUUCCGUUUAGCUCAACCUGGUGCUGCAGAUGAUGUUAGCAACUGGAAAGCAGAGGUAGACAAACUCUUUGAUGGCUACCUGUGCCACUAUGAGUUAGACCCUCACAAGGUCAAAGCUUUGCUUCAGUCCUGCAGCUCUCCUCAGACCACAGAUGAAGUAAAGGUGUACAGCGAGGUUGGGAUGGCUGUUGUUGUUGGGGAAUGUUCCCAGGUGAAUGCCAGGUUGGCGGAAGUAGAGGACAGGGCAGGUUUUAGUAUGAAGCAAACCAGCAUUUGUCGAGUGGGAGAGUCCAAGCUUAGUCUCCUCUGGAAAGAGAUUGAGCACAGUUUGGGACGAGAUUUUCCAGGCCUGAAGGUCACGCAGGGAGCUGCAGGUCAGUUAGUUUUGGAAGGUUCUGCAGAGGAGAUUCUUAAGGCUGGUGAAUGGAUCUCUGAUCAGGAGAGUUUGGUGUUAGAAAGGACAGUUCCUGACAUGAGCCCACAUUUUUUGGCCUUCUUGAGAAAGGCAUACGGAGGUCCAGGGGUGCUAGGUGACUUUUUAGGGGUUGGUGACAAGGUGGAAAUAGAAUUAUCAGACACAGAGCUGCGGUUCUUCUCCCUCUCUGCUGAUAAACUGGAUGACACAGAAAAAAAACUGCAUGAAGUAUUCAGGGAAGUCAAGAUUGACGUUCCUAACUGCUCUGCUGUGCCAUCUGAGCUUCGGGAAAAACUUAAAUCCAAGACAAAAGAGAUAAACCAAGGCCAAUACAGGGCUCAGGUCGUGUUUGGCUCAGACAGCACAGUGUGCUUAUUGGGCCACACAGAAGAGGUUGAAGAGCUGAGUGAAGCCGUUGCACAGUUUAUUUUGGACCAGUCUAGUGUGCAAAGCAUAGUCCAUGUGCCUUUCUCAGAGUUAGCACAAGAGUUGCCACAACUACUGGAGCUGCAUGGUUUUGAUUAUUCAGGGGUCACCUUAAAUCCUUUAAUGUCUUCCUCUGGGCCCACAGUGGUGCUUGAGGGUGAAUCCAGCAAAGUGACGGAGGUCAGAGACAGGCUGUAUGAAUUUCUGGACUUAAUUCUUCAGGAUAGAGUAACCAUUGACUCGUUAGGUACCGUAAGAUCUACCCAAAGCCCCACUGGGAAAGAUGAACUUCUUAGUUUUGCACAUAAUUUUUCAUCUCUGAGUUUAAGUGAAGAAAACACAAUGGUUGCUAGCUACAGCCUUUGUGACGGGCUCCAGGUGUUGGUGUGUCAGGGUGACAUCACCAAACUGGAGGCUGAUGCUCUGGUGAAUGCUGCCAAUGAAGAUCUGGACCACGGUGGAGGUGUUGCUGCUGCACUGAGUAAAGCAGGUGGCCCUGAUGUACAGAGUGAGAGCAAUGCUUUAGUUAAGUAUAUUGGAAAAAUUCCUACAGGUGAUGUGGUAGUGACCACAGGGGGGAACCUAAACUGCAAGAGACUGCUGCAUGCUGUUGGGCCUGUAGGUGGAAAAUCAGGUGGCAAAGAAAGGAUGUUGUUGGAGAAAACCAUCCAGUCAGCUCUGAAUUUAUCAGAACUCUUGGAGUUCCAGUCCAUAGCCAUGCCCUGCAUCAGCUCAGGGACGUUGGGUGUUCCUGUCACUGUGUGCUCUGAGGCUAUUGUAACUGCUGUUAAGAAGUUUGGCAGUCAGGGAGGGAGAAGUCUGAGAAAAAUCAUCCUGAUUGAUAAUAGAGGUGAGGUGGUGAAGGCCAUAAAGGAAGCAUGUGACCGGCUUCUUCAAGGGAUGAGUACUGGAAACAGUGCACCAAGCAAUCUGGGGUUCCUGUUGGGUGCUGCUGCAGAAGACACUGCAAGAGGAGCCACUGCUGAAGCUUCUGGAAAUGGUGUCUGUGUAGAGAUCAUUCAGGGAACCAUCGAGACCCAGCAGGUGGAUGCUGUGGUGUCACCCAUGGUUGGUCAUGAUCCUCUCUCUACCCGUGUUGGAAACACUUUAUUCAGUAUGGUUAAAUCCCACCUGACUGCAAGGUUCAGGGAAGAACGAGGAGAAGAAUCAGAGCCUGGUGACGCAGUCCUGGUGGAGGGCUUACCUGAACUUCCAUCUAGUGCAGUGUUCUUCCUCAACCUCGUCCCCUGGGAUGAUGACCCAUAUGGAACUGCAGUACAGGUCCUGAGAUUGGCCAUCAUCAACAUCCUAACUUCCUGUGAGAGGAGAGGGUUUGAAUCUGUCGCCUUCCCUGUGCUCGGUGCUGGGAUGGCCCUGCGUUUUCCUGACAGCGUGGUAGCCAGGGUUGUACUGGAGGAGGUUCGUGAGUUUGAAUGGAACCGAGCCAGUGGAAAACCAUUCCUGGUCCGUAUUGUCAUCCACCCGACUGACAACGAAUCCAGUGAGGUCUUCAGGUCUGUCCAGGAAGAUUUACAACUCAAAGGAUUCACAAAAGAUGUUCACCAACCAGACAAAGUGUCAACUACAAGGAGGAUCAUCCUGUUGGGGAAAACUGGAUCUGGGAAAAGCAACCUAGCUAACACCAUAUGUGGAGAGAAAUUGUUCACCACAAACCAUACCCCCAACUCUGGAACGCAAGAAUGUCAAGCAGAAACCAAAUCCGUCAACGGAAGAAGCAUCACAGUGAUCGACACUCCUGGUUUCUUUGAUGCAGUCCGGUCUGAGGAGGAGCUGAAGCCUGAGAUAGUGAGGUGCAUCACAGAGUGCGCUCCUGGGCCUCAUGCUUUUCUCAUUGUGCUUAAAGUGGAGAAAUUCACAGAGCACGAGCAGGCUGUAAUCACUAAAAUAUGCCAGUAUUUCUCUGAAGAUGCUUUAAAAUACGCUGUGAUUGUCUUCACUCAUGGUGACCAGCUCCCUAAAGGAACGAAGAUUGAGGAGUUUGUCAGUCAGAAUGAGAAUCUGAGUGAUCUGGUGAAGAAGUGCGGCGGCCGAUGCCAUGUCAUAGACAACAAAUACUGGAAGAACAAACCGCAGAACAACUACAGGAGCAACCAGAUCCAGGUGGAGGAGCUGCUCAACACAAUAGACAAGAUGGUGAUGGAAAACAAUGGAGGCUACUACACCAACAAGAUGUUUCAAGAGGUGGAGAAAGAAAUACAGAUUGAGGAAGAGCACAUAAAACAGUCAUCAGAAAACAUGCCACCGGAGGAGAUCAGAAAAAAAGCUCAAACUAUAGUGUACAAUAAAGUUUUGAUCAAAGUGGCAGGUACUACAACAGGAGCAUUGUUAGGAGCGUUUUUUGGCAUAGCAGCGAUGGUUGGAUUAGUUAUCACAGUUUUGAAUAACUGCACAUUAAUGAAACUUGUGAAGAAAGUUCCAGCAUUAGGAGGGGCAGCAGCAGUAGGAGGAGGAACAACAGGACUGGCAGUUGCUGGAGGGGUGUUGGGUGUGGCUACCACAGGCAUGGCUUUAACAGGAGGAGUAAUAGGUGGUAAUAUUGGACUUGAGGCAGCUGAGAGAGCAAAAACUCCAUGGGAGGCAGUAGAGCUGGCAGCUAAUGAUGUCAUAAACAAAGCAGAAGCUACUCUCAAGCUCAAAUAAGAAGCAGUGUGUAGAAUUUAGUGUAAGUUUUUGGCCGGGAGCCAAACUAUCUGCAGCCCGUCACGAAGGGUCGGCUUAUUACCAGGGUUCUGAAUUAACUUUUUUGAUCACCAGCCAAUGUGGCUGGUAACUCCAGCACCAGCAACACCAGCCAAUCAGAAUUUCCACUAGCCAAAUUUUUUCCGGUGAAAAUAAGAGAGAUAAUGAGUGCCACUGAAUGCAUUUGAUCAUUUUAUUAACAUUGUUGGCAUGAAAAACGCACAGAAAAUACAAUACAUACAACAAAAUAUACACAGAAAGUGCAGACAUUUCAUUUCUGAAUCAAAUGUCUUCAGAGCUCUCUGAACUAAUUUCUUCAGAGCCCCCAUCUGAAUCUGAGCCACCCUCAGUUCCUUUUGUUCGGUGUUUGUGCACAAACUCAGGCCUGCGUGAGCGCAAACUGUCAGCAUGCCAGAUGUCAGUGGCUUUGCUUGGAUCAAAGUCUUUGAUGUCAGGUGAGCACAACUGAGUUUUAAGGAGGUCAGGGAGGGUCUCACCUUUCAGGCGUGAGCGCCUGUCACUCUUUACCUGCUUCAUAACACUGAACCCUCUUUCACAGUCAGCUGUAGUUGCAGGGAUGGUGAGGAGAACAUCAAAAAGAUUAAGGACGUCAGGACACCGAUGGCGCAGCAUUGUGUUCACAGUAGGCCAGGUCUUCUCAAAGGUUCCUGUAGCAGGGUCAGACAGACAAUAUGCAUUAUGCACUUGCAAAACAAAUUAUACAUUUUCAAAUGCAACUUUCCUGGCUUAACAUUUUUCCUUAUUCCGUCUGAAAAGGCGAGCUCGAGCUUAUGGGCCAUGCAGUGGAUCCCCAGCACAUAUGGUCUGUCUGCACACAGUUUUGUAACUACACCAUUGUUUACUCCUGUCAUUACAGAUGCUCCAUCUGUGGUGAGGGCCACCAGCUUGUUCUUCCAAUCAGUGCUGACUUCACUGUCCAUUAUACUGCACACAGCUUCAGCUAUAUUUGUAGCAUCUGGCUUUGAGACAGCUUUUACCCCGACAAAAUCAGCUUUGACCUUCCGUCACUGGCACUCCUGACGUAGACCAUCUCUUCUUCCAUCACUGCACUGUCCAGGGAUCCAUCUGACAUGACCGAGAUGAACUUGCCGUCUGAUAAUCUUGCCCUCAUCUUUCUUCUCUCAUCCUCCGCUAUGUAGUGUAUGAACUCUUGCCUGGUGGUCAUUUGUGUAUGUCUCUCCUAUCUUCAAGCCCUUCUUCCUGUCCACACUGAAAUUAAUUUUCGGGUAAAUGAAGCCACUGUUAUCACCUACAACACAGUACAUUUCGGUGAGAUUUUUUUCUUUUUGAAUCCCACAAACUUAAAGUUCCAACUGCAUCUAUGGAAGCAUGUACUUCAUUCUGUAUCGCAUUAAAUGCACUGAUUCUGAAACAUGAAUAGUAACGUUAAUUCACUUACUCACACAUCCAUGUGAAGUCGGUGAAAGGCCUGCCCUUUUUUCCGAUGGCGUGGGCAUUUCGAAAAAGUAGCUGCAUCUUCUCCAACUCAGACUUCUUCAAUAAAGCAAGGCUUCUCCCAGCAAGGCUCUCUUCGAUACGACCUGUCUUGGCGGUUUUAAUCCUUUGGCUCUCCUGAUGACUUUGGGCACUCUCAUGGUCCUUUACUGCCUCGACUUUAAAAUUAUUAGUUCCCACCACGAAAUUGUUUGUUUUGUUUUUUUUCCCUUCACAUACAUGCGGCAGUCCUGACAAAACAUGACGUUACUUUCUUGAUCAAACACAAGCCAUUCACGACCCGUCAGCCAUUUGGCGUUAAACUUUCUUUUUUUUGUUUCGCACACUCUGUCGCCGAUAUCCUCAUCUCCUGCAUUCUUCCUCUUCUCGCCCACAGAAGUCUGUCCCAACCACCGCCGCAUUUAGUUUAACUUUACUUUAGCUUUAACUUUAGCUCCACUGUUUUUAGCUAACUCCCUGCUCUCGCUCCGCUCAUUUCUCGCGCUGGUUGCACUGCAGAGUGUAGCGUGAAAUACCAUGCGCACAGCCAAUGGGCCCAUGAAACGUCAUCACGUAGCAUUACGGCACAGUGUUCAUGGUAAAUGUAGGAAGUGCUGCCAGGGGGACAAAUGACAGAGAACAGAACCUAUUGCCUCAUGGAUCACCGGCCAAACUGGCUAGUAAGUUUUUAUUAACACCCACCAAAAUGAAUUUUAACCCGCAUUUGGUGGGUUGGCGGGUAUUAAUUUAGAACCCUGCUUAUUACAGUGCCUUACGUGAGAAUGCUAAUGGCACUGCCUGGAUGCGGUCUUAAUUUUGUCCAUUUUGGGCUACUGUAGAAACAUGGCAGACUCCAUGGACGAGGACCCGCUCCUUAUGUAGAUAUAAACAGCUCAUUCUUAGGUAACAGAAACACAUCUCUUUUAUUUCUUUUUUUUUUUGUUGCAUUUUUGAGGAUUAUUUAACAUACAUGGAGAAAAUGUGGAAAAAAGACAGUACAUAAAUACAUACAUAAAACAUAAACAGAAAAGUUGGCAAUAUCAGCAAAUAAACGACAAUGAUAUAAUGAUAAUAAAUUAAGAAAUUUAAAAAAGAAAAAAAAAUCAAAUUACUUAUUAGCUGCUAAAUGCUCCACUGUGUUCACUAGCAGGAAGGUAGAAGCUAAGUUAAUAAGAGUGUGUGAACCAUAAAACCCAAACAAGCUUAAAGGCUCCAUAGAGCUGAGGGGAACUGCUGGGUUGGGAGAUAACUCUUUGUAGGUUUGACACUUUGAGUGACGACUUUCACGUCAUGAGAAGUCACUUGAUCCAUUGCACAAACUGAAUAGUGCAGCUUUAACUAAAGGGAAGAAUGUUUGGAGCUGAGAACCAAUUAAAUUGAGACAAGCAGUGACUCUGAAAGGUGUGGCGGGAAAUGUUCAUGUUGUUCAUAAAUGUUGUCAUUUAUAGAUGAUAUAAAAAUCAUUAUAAUAUGUAUAUGUAUAUUGUAAUGUCUAAAAUAAAUGAAAAUGAUAAGGAUUAAAGCAUCUGAUAAUGUUAAAUUAUCUAACCGUGGUGGUUUGAUUGUGGGCUUUCCAGAACUUUAAGGUGAUGGAUGAUUUCCUUUUUACCCCCUGACCUGUUUCUCUAUAUUAUACCAUUAUUUUAUGCCAUUAUUUGUUUGUUAUAAUUCUGUUGACAACAAUAAAAGCACUUAUUGUUUACA